UAGCCUCCUGCAGGGGGGACCAGGACCAGGACCAGAACCACCCCGACGAGCCGUAACAUCAGAGGGCCAGUCCUGCUCGGGGUCAUUUCACGGGUGUUAAAGGUGGUCUGGGGGCGCAGACUGGCCUGUCACGUGAUACGCUGGAGGUUAUGCUUGUUGUGUAGCGGGUCGUCAACGUCAACAAAUCGUGUUGUGUUACGUCACGUUGCUUCAAUCUGACAGUGGUCUGUUAAAACAUGAUGCAUAUUAAAUGGUGCGUGCAGCAGGGCCCAGAGAGACCAGCGGGGACACACACACACACACACACACACACACACACAUUUGCUGGUGUGAAUAAUAAAAUGAAUAACCGGUAAAUCCUGUUUCUCUGUGUCCGUUUUGGAUUCCCCGUAUCGCUGGUCCACUUCCACGAACGGAGCCUUUUGUUAACGUUAUUGGUAACACCUGCGGUGCCGUUCCUACAAUAACAGGCCGACGUCGCAAUGAGUCAUCGUUCCAAAGGGCUUCAGAUGAAGUGACCUCCGGGACGGAGCGUCUCCUGCGAAUCCAGCACCACAUCCCUGGAACUGGUCAACCAAACAAAUGACCAGUUGACCAAUCGGAACAAGUUGUAUAUUUGGGUGUGGAGUGGGCCGCCCGUCAGCCAGCCACGUUCAGCUCUCCGUUGCUAUGGACGCCUGCGCACGUAUUCGAGGAGUCCCCAUAAGGUCCAGGGCGUCGGUCCGGAGAGAGACUGUGCGUGACGGCGGGCCGCAGUGGGUGAAGAGCCUCUUUAGGAACAAGAAGGAGCUCUGCGGCGUCGGCGUCGAGCUGCCGAUCAGAGACGCCGCGAGGCUGAUCGAGAUUCAUUUUGUGUGUCUGCCUGGCCAAUGUGAAGGGGAUGAUGUCACCCAGCAGGCUCUGUUUUCUAUGCCAGGGGGGCUGUGCGAGCUCCUGAGGUCCCUUCACGUUCACAGCCUCAAAAACGACGAGGUUGUGCUGCUCAAGGACUCCCGCAGGCUGGCUGAGCACAAGGACGCUGGGCCUCAGUGUUGGUUGAAGGCCGUGUGUGUGCUGAGGCACAAUCCCAACACCAGCGUCCACCCUCAAGCCACUGUGGCGUCUUUGGUGGGCUUGCUCGGCGGCUACAUGGCCGGCGUGCGCUACGCUCUGGAGCUGCAGGCUCUGCAGCGGGGCGCGGCUGGGCCCGGUCAGCCGGAGGAAGACGACACCAACCAGUCGGUCUCAUCCAUCGAGGACGACUUUGUCACGGCCCUGGAGCAUCUGGAGGAGGACGACACCGGAGACAAUCCCUCUGCAGCUUCCUAUCCCCAUUUGAAAAAGCGUGAUGUGGCUUCACAGACUGUCCCGGCCCACAAGAGAAAAAAGGAAUUAUCAGGCGCCCGCAUCAUCAUCAGCUCCUCCUCGAAGAACAAUUUGGGCAAACUUACUACUGGUCCUGACGUGUCCGUCACGGUGCAGAAGUCAUCGUGCGUAGAAUCUCAAUGGACUUACUGCAGUCCCGGAGCUCGGCGCCCCUCCCCUUCGAUGAAUGCCAGUGAUUCGGAAGACUCCGACUGCUCCAGCCCCAGUCCAAUCAUCUUCCUCGACGAAGUGGGCUACCAGAAGAGCCUACUGGCCAAGCUGGACAUCCCCCAGGUUCCAGGGGGGCCCAGCGAUCGAGUUGAAGACUCCGACUCUGAAGUCAGUGAAUUCUUCGACAGCUUUGACCAGUUUGACGACCCUGAAGAGCUCAGCUCGGACAACUGCACUCUCGCUCUGCCUCUGGAUGCCGUCAGUGCCCCGACGGCCCAGAAGCAGACCGGUCGCUCGGCAUCCAAGUAUGUUUCCAGGGGCUGCUCCACCAAAGGAAUGAAUCCUCACCGCUUCGACCAGCCCACUCUCCCAGCCAAUGUGAAAAAGCCGACGCCUCUGAAACCGGGCUCUCCUUACUCCCUUCACUCUGAGGUGCCCGACUCCCCUCGACCGGUUCAGACCCCCUCUGAGGAGAACAGCGGCCCGCUCUUCAGCCCUGUCAGCUCCUCGGCCUUCAGCCCCCUGGUGGACUUGAGCAGCCCGCUGGAAUACUUCUGGAAGGCGGAUGAGGAUGGAUUGGAUAGCUCAGAGCUGCGUAAACCCCAGGACCUCUGCUCUCUGUAUAAGACCUACUCAGACUUUGCGAGCAGUCUCUCCAAAGAAAUUCUGGGGUCCGUGUGUGGCUACCAGUCCGCCGUCGACAUCAGUGACAACAAGAAUCUGAGCUGCGUCUGCCACAAGGAGUUCCAGAACCCGUCGGGCUACCUAAUGAAGCUCUCAGAAAUACAAGAGACUGUCACGGUGGCCACGCUGCAGAAGAAGUCCCAGUCUCUGAAGGAUGGCAUUCAGAGGUUUGCCACUGACCUGGUGGAGAUGAGCUUGGGCAGCGCGUUGCGAGACCUCCAAAAAGGUGUUUCCUCCUGCACCACCACCUUGUGUCACCUGGCUGCCAGGCUCACCUCCUCGGUGUUUCAAAUGGCCUUCCAUGAGAUUGGCAUGCGCCAUGCUUACGUGUUAAAAGAGCGGGCAAUCAACGGAUUGGCCGGCUUCCUGGUCGGAGAAGCUGUGUCUGGGGCGCUGAAGGAUUUCCUGACGGUGAAGAAGCAGAUCUUCCACAACACUGUGACAUGUUUUGCUGCAGAUCUGGCAGAAGAGCUGGUGUUUGAAGGCAUUAUGGAAGUGUGUCAGUUCUCCCACCCUUCAACCCCUCUCACCCCGAGCGAUUGGUCCUUUGGCCAGAGGGAAGGGGAGGAGGAGGAGGAAGAAGAAGAAGAAGGAGAAGAAGUUGUUUCCUCGUAUGCCUCAGACUUGUCUGAGUCUGUUAUCCAAGAGGCCUUCAUAGAGCUGUCUCAGGCCGAUGUUGCCUUCACCAGCCAAGCGGCUAUUAGUGUGUCUUUGGACAACAUCUGUUAUGUUAGUGCAGAGAACGGUGGCGCCCAAACCUGCAGUACCUUUGCUAACCAGCAGGUUUUAAGUUCCAGCUCAGCUGCAGCGGUUCCCGGGCCCUCGGGAGAGGAUGCCACCUGCACGGUGAAGAAAGCCCUGUUCACUGUAUCGGGCAUGGCUAGCUGCAUUCCUGUGCCCGAAGCAGGCGAAGCCCUCUCCCACCUCCAGGAUUCUGAGGAGACCGGUCCGUCCAGCUCGUCAGAUAUCCAACCGGUCAGCCCCAAAAGAGGAGCCGUAUCUUCCUCUGACACCAACACAUCGGCCCAAACGUACCUUUCCAGUCACGGAACGCAGACCCCCACACCUGGAGAAGAACCCUCCCAAGGAAAGUCUCCAUUCCAAAACUUCUCUGGCAACAUGGUGGAUUUGAUAGUAACUGAGGCUUGUGAGCUUAUAACUGCAUCUAAGAUGAAGAAGAGUUUUGGUGACUGUGCGGAUUUCUUUACAAAGACCAUCAAAAGCAGAAGGGACUCUUCUACUAAGCCAGAGACGUUUAAUUAUGAGGCUACAGAUUCCCCUUCCAAGCAGGCAGCCGGCUUCAGACAUGACUGCAGAGAUUCUGGCUACGUUAGGUUGGGUGGACCUGUUGUCCCAGCAACAGAUCAUGGCAUUCCCCACAUUUCUUUUCAGGCAGGCUCUCAAAGCCAGAGGAGACGCAGCUGUGAGGCGGAGCCCAGGACCAGAGGUGCAGAGAUGCAGCCUGUGAUGAUGCACACUCUUGACGUGCCAGGUACCGAGACGGUCGGACAAAGGAGGGUAUCUGUUGCCGGAGAUGACUCGGCUCUGCGCUCUGGGCAAAAAUCCGGCGGCACUCCCGGCACUCCCCCUUCUACCCCUCAGCAGCCCAGCGAGGUGUCCAAGGAGAGACAGAUAAAGCGGUUCUCCAAGAAGCUGAAAAGCAAGCUGGCUAAUGAAUUUUCUCCUGCUACCCCCCCACCUACUCCUCACGAUCAGUCUGAGCCUGGCCCAGGACCAAAGGACGGAACUCCCGAGGAAGACAAGGCCGAGUUCAUGCUCAAACUGAUGAGGUCUCUCAGUGAGGAGGCCGACGGCAAUGAAGAUGAAGAGGAGGAAGAGGUGGCAGAAGAGGGCCGUGUUGAAGGCACUAACAGAUGUUUAGAGUCGGGGGGUGGCCGCCAUGAACUGAACCCGAUGUCUGCUCGCAGAAUGUCCAACAAGGAAGCCCUCCACUAUGCUGAGCGGUUGGCUUGCCACAUUGUCUCCAUGGCAACAGAGAUGGACACCCUGGGAGUGGCAGAGGAGGAGGGAGGGGCGAGCAAAGGCGGCGAGCAGAGGAGGGACAGCGUGGCUCAGUUCUCAGAGCAGACCCUGAACACCUUGUGGGUCUAUGCCGGGGAGGUGGCGGGGGGGGUCAUCAACGACGUGAAGAGGAUGGUGCGCUCUACACAGCAGUGUCCCUAUCACAGAAGGAGAAGCUUUGACAGAGCUUGUUCUGAGUGUUUGCACCAACACCAGUCUCAGCCCAGUAGAGACCAGAGCAAAGACUGCAGGGUGGGCAGGCUGGCCGAGCAAUGGUCUCAUGAGCUCGUAGCCUCCGUCUACCGGUCUCCCACCUCCACUUCGAGCACCGCGUCCAGCUCCAGCUCAGGCCUUUCUUCCGAGUAUCCUAGCUGCGAGAGUGUGACCGAUGAAUAUGCCGGCUACCUCAUCAGGGUGCUGAAGAAAGAGGGAGGCAGCAGAGAGUUGGUCCUGGACCACUAUGCGAGCCGUUUGGCUUACCGCUCCAUAAAACUGGGCUUGGCUCAUGCCAGUCGCAAGAUCAAGCAGAGAUCCUCCAGCGCCCGCCUUCACUCGUCCAGGUCGCUGCCAGAUGAAUGGAAGGCCUCUGGUUGUGAGACAUUUCCACCCAAGGAUAGAGCCGAGUCGGUGGUUUCUCCCCCGGGAAAAGAUGCGCAGUGUAUCUGCAAGGACUCUGAAGAGCAGAGUCAGAGGGAGUACCUGGACCUGGUCAACUUCGCAGAGUCCUUGGCCUACAACAUCACCUGUGAUGUGACACGCAAGCUGCAUCUUUCCUCCGCACGGCUGCCCAAGUCUCUCACCGACUCUUGUCUGUACAAGAGAUCCAAGCUGGAAGACAUGGCAGAGAAUCUCGUCAGGAACUCCUUCUCUUGCCCCCUGUUGUCUAAGGAGGGGAAGGGCAGGCAUUACCACAGUACAGGAAGCCUGUACGACGGGGGCCACAGGAGUCGGGUGAUGCAGGUCAUCGAGCACUAUGCCAGGAAAAUAGUUGACGACACUCUGAAGAUGAGCCUAUCUUCGGCUGGACUUUUGUCCCGGGAGCACCAGAGGACCCAAGGCCCGGACGGACACUCUCACACCCAGAGGUCGUCUGAGGGGCCCUCACUCGGCCACGCGAUGGUAGAGAGGACAUGCCGCUAUUGUCAGGUCCAGGAGUGCCCGUACUGCACCAAGCACAGCAGGCGGCCCCGCCAGCUCGCCGUGCAGAGGAGCAAAAGGGGGCCAGAAUGUCAGGCGAGGGCCGAGCGCCUCUCUGGCCUGGAGAUUCCCAAGAUCCACAUUGACCGGGACCGCAGGGCAGUGUUCGCAGAGGGGAUGGUUUCCAUGGCAAUGGACACGGCCAAGCGUGAGCUGAGCAACACCAGCCUCAAUGCCGACAGCGGCAUUGGCCACGAUGGGACCAGCUACGCCGAGAGCCUGACGGCCGAAAUCAUGACGUCGGCCCUGACCAACGUCUGCCAGACCGGCAACAUCAGCUUCACAGGGAGGGAAGCCACUGAGUCCUCCGUGUCCCAGCAGCUGAGCGUAGGAGACGACAGUCUGGGCAGCUGGUCCAACCUGAGCUUCGAGGAUGAGCACCUGGACGACAACAGCAGCUUCCUCCACCUCAGUGACAGCAGCAAUGGGAACAGCAGCAGCUGGAGCAGUCUGGGCCUGGAGGGGGAGGCGUGUGAGGAGCGCAUGUCCUUCUCUCCCUCUGACAGCGACCACGCAGAGGACAAGGAGGCCGAGGUCAAAGAGGAAUCCAGCGGGACUCUCUGCGUGGACCGGACUCAGGUGGCGCCCCCCAGGACCGCGCUGCUCGUAGUGAACUCCGAUGUCAGGGAGUCGGGGCGCGGCCCUCAACACCUGACCCUUGACCCCCAGCUCAGGAGCAUGCUGCAGUGGGUGGCGGCCUCCAUGGCCGACAUCCCCCUGAUCCAGCUGGGUCCCGACAGAGAGCUCCAGCAGCUGCCAGCGGUGAUCCAAAGGCUUCGGGAGAGGAAGUGGAGGGCGGGGGAGCUGCUGCACACGCUGCUGCGCUACUGCGAGGAGGCCCAGACGCACGCCCAGCCCCCGGCCAGAGACGAGGCGCCGCAGACGGGCAGGGAGCCUCACCGCGUCCCCCUCUUCCAGUGGCUCCUGGAGCACGCCUAGGUCCUCGUCUCCUUUCCUCUCUCCUCGGUGCCAAUCAGUGGCGUCGCAAACUCCACGGCCGCUAGAGGGCGCCGCACAAGUCUACUAACCCGUUGCUGCCCCGGCGAAAGUGGGCGGCGUGUGUUGUGCGUUGCAUGCAGUGACCGCCAGUACCUCCGUCGUGUUACGCUUUCCGUUCCGCCCUCGGGUUUUUCGUUGUUUCCUAUCCAUUAUUUAUCGGGCCGCGUAGAUCUUGUGUGGACUUAUGAGCCGUCUCCCCCCGCCCGCCAUCACGUCUGAACUGAAGCCCUCACACCUUGCUGCCAUCGUGCUUGAGCUGCGCACACACACACACACACACACAUACACACACACACAUCCUAACUGUUCCAGACAGAACGUUGAGAGACAGAAAAUGUCUUUUGUUAAGGAAUCCCCGUAGCUGCUGGUCAGAUGAUGUCAUCACCCACAGCUCACCUCCGGGGUUUACACAUGUUGAGAGCCCAUCUGUGUGUUCUCACACACACACACACACACACACACGCAUUAUCAAAGGGAAGCCGACACCCACAGUUGUGCAUUAGUAUUCCGUUUUGGUAUUAAUCAAUCACUCGGUCGCGGUCCGGUCCGCUUCAGUGACGUUGUUUCUCCGGUGACUCGUCACGCUGAACCCAUAUCUCCAGUAUCUCCGCCGAUGAUCACAUGGGGGAGUCAUUCGGCGGUUGAAUGAUGAUUAACUCUCGGUGAAGUCGCCAUUAUCGGUACUGCUGUUGUAUCGAAUGUCUCUGACGCUGCUCGCCGUGACGGUUUGUAUCAGAUGGGCGUUUCUGAAGACGGAGUGCGUCUACAUCCAACAUGAAAUGCUGCUCGACGCUGUGGAAACAAGAAAAGGCCGUUCUUAUCUGCGUGAUGUAGCUUACAAGGUGGAUUCACCGCCCCCAAAUCCCCCCCCCAGGGAAGAUCCAGUGACGCAGACGCUGGAUCUUUUGAGUAAUCAAAGUCGUCUCCACAACCACAAACUUAACAGCGUGUGCGUAGCUCUGAAUGAGUCGGGUCCCAAAACUUCCACACAGCGCUUGAACGCCC